CAACUACAACCAUCGAUCGCAACAGCAACCACGAGAUUCGAUUCUACAACAUCGGAUGAUAUCAGCGACUAUGAGAUUCAUUCCGAAAUCGAGGCCGCUAGUGAUGACGAGCCGGCUACUGCCGGCCUGAGUUAUGGGAAGCCACCUACUGCCGAUGAUCUGAGUGAUGAGGACCUUGCUACUGCCGAUCUGAUGAGUGAUGAGGAGCCUGCUACUGCCAAUCUAAUGAGUGAUGAAGAGCCUGCUACUGCCGAUCUGAUGAGUGAUGAGGAGCCUGCUACUGCUAUUGUCUAUCUGAGUACCAGUGUGAAAAAUAAAGCACAUCCCACAGAGAGUACCCUACCAUAG